AUGUUCGGUCACUGUUUUGGACCUGAGCUUGGCUGGAGAGUAAGAAGGGAAGGCGAAGAAUCCACUGGCACUCAGCGAAGUCUUGAACCAAAAGAGAAGAAGUGGUCGCCUGGGGAAGAGAUCCUUGUUGCUGGGAUGAUAAUGAGCGGCUCCUCAUUGUGCGUGACCGCUCCUUCCAAAUGUGUGCUUCAAUCGAUACUGGCCGACAUGCACUGGGUGCUCUUGAGUUUAUCGGCAAUUCCUUCUCGAGCCAAAGCGUCGUCUGGGGUUCGCGUCGCGUCACUAUCUCAACUGCACGACUGGCUUUUCCUUCCUACCAUCCAUCCUCUCGUGGACCACCAUACUGCCAGGCUCCUUGUCCUCUGGGUAUGGGAACCGCUUCGCUAUCCAAGCGCCGUCAUUGGUACCGAAACCGUCGCGCUCUCGCACUUGGAAGCAAGGGCAGGACAGUUGACGACGACCAACCGGACCUAUGCCACCACGUAUGGACAAUUCUUGAAAACUGGCCUCGUCGAGUUCUUCUCGUCGUGGAUACAAGGUAGCGCACGUAACCUCCAAGGGGCAAAUUGGUAG